AUCUGGCAACCGUGCUCAGCUGGCCCAUGUAAACAGUGGGUGCUCGUGUGUGUGCCUCGACGCCCUUAUUACCGGCGAGAGGGGGGGCCACUGAGGGUCAUUUGGGAGUAUUUUUUAGUUAGUGCCCCCAUCAGACAGGUCCUCGAGGCAGCAUGGCCAGCGUGAGGGGCGUGGCCGCGCUCUGCCAGCACCUGAGUGGCCUGACGUUGAGGGUCACACCACCGGCGGCCACUUCGAUGCUGGCUCCUGCUUCUUGUGCGGCCCUGCAGGUCAGGUCGUUCAACAUCUACCGCAUUGACCGGCCGAAGCCCAGCGACAAGAAGAACUACCGGUACCAGGUGCACUACCCCGAGGACGGCCAGUACACCAUCAAGCCGCUCAAGACAACCAAGCUGGCCGGCCGGCACCCAGAGACAGGGCGCAUCAUUGUGGGCACACUGGGUGGAGGCGCCAAGAGAAACUACCGUUGGAUAGACUGGCACAGGACGGGACCCACGGAUGGCACCUUUCUGGAGGAGCGCAUCAUUCACAUCCAGUAUGACCCCAAUCGCUCAUCCAAGAUCGCCCUUGUCGGCUCUGGGGACAGCCUACGUUACAUCUUGGCCACGGAGAACAUGAAGAAGGGAGACCUCAUCAAGACCUCCAGCUACAUACCCAGAAUACCCGUGCGGCCCAAGGAGGGGGACGCGUACCCUUUGGGGGCCCUGCCUUCAGGAACCCUCGUCAACUGUGUGGAGAUCCUGCCGGGUGACGGGGCCAGGAUGGUCAAGGCUGCUGGCUGCUCAGGGACUGUGUUGAGGAAGAUUGGAGAGAAGGUGGUGGUACAGCUGCCCACCAAGAGGGAGCUCGCCCUAGACCCCAAGUGCAUGGCCACAGUGGGGCGACUGUCCAACAUCACCCAUGGCCAGCAGCACAUAGGGUCAGCCCAGCGAAGUCGUUGGCUCGGGUACCGGCCAGUGUCGGGUCUGUGGCAGCGGAAGACCGGCUACCAUGGGAGGAAGAUCCGGCCGCUGCCCCCCAUGAAGAGCUAUGAGCCCUUCAAGGAGGACGUCCCCUUCACCCAGUACACCGUCAACAGCGAAGGUCCAGGGAAGCCAAUCAUACCCAGCACCGACCGUGUAACUUAGCUUUAUGUCGACCUUUCAGCUAUACAAACCUGUCUUUUUAUUUUAGUUGUAAAUUGCUCUAGCCAAGUUGCAUGUGUCAUCUUAUCUAUCCAUGAUCAAAGAAGAGUGGGACAAUGAUAAUCUGUUUGUAAAUAAUAUACCUUCACUAUUGUCAUAAUAAAGCCCCAAACGAUUA